AUGCAUGAACUUAGUAAGGAGGUUUUUCAGCCUUGGUUAAUCAUAGGUGACCUAAACUUUCAUUUAGUUAGGAAUGAUAAUAACACUGAUUCUUGGGUCCAUAAUAAAGUUAGGGACUCGGGUAUUAUGGAUAUUGGUUUUGAAGGAAAAGACUAUACUUGGACUAUUAAUAGCUUUGGCACUGGAAGUAAAAGAACUAGAAUUGAUUUGGCUCUAGGUAAUAAUGAUUGGUUCAUAAAUUUUUUUCAAGCUAAGCUGUUACACUUGAAUUUUAUUGGGUCUGAUCAUUGUACUGUUCUCUUGAUUACUGAUCCUAUUCCUAAAAAUCUUUGGAUACCUUUCAAGUUUUUCAGUACUUGGUUAAAUCAUGACUCUUUUAGAGCUACCAUGGAUUCUGCUUGGAAUGUGAACGUGCAUGGUAGCCCUGCAUAUAAAUUUAAGCUUAAACAACAAAGUGCUAGGUUAAAUUUAUCUCAGUGGAACAAGAUGGAGUUUGGUGUAUCCUCAGAACAUCAAAAAUAUUCAGAUUCAGCUAGAAAAUGCUCAAAGUGA